CCUUCCACACUUCGAAACAAAUAUACUUGUUUUUUACGUUUAAACUUUUUUUUAUGCUUUUAUAAAUCUUUAGUAACUUUUUGAUAAAAACAAAAAAGACGAGGACGUGUGAACGAGAAAUUCUUGAGAGAUGAGUGUAUUUUCCUCUGAGGAAACCGUUUCGGGGGAUUCCCUAUUGCCUCCCGGCGACAGUAAACUCGACGCUGGCUUGGCGCAAAUCGAUGCCUGUAAUUUCGAUACGCAUCCGAUGUUAGUGUAUACGAUUGACGACAACAUUCCCAGCUGCAGCGCCGUUUGUUGCGUGGAAUGCGCCGAGACCGAAAACCUUGACGCCUGCUGCAAGCCGAAACGCAAGCGGCCAUGUUGCCCCAAGCCCUGUCCAAAGCCCUGCCCGCGUCCUAGGCGCAGGUGCAAGCCGAAGGUGUGCUGUAAGCCGAGGCCCGCAUGCAAGCGCAAGCCAAAGAAAUGCUGCAAACCGAGGAAGAAGCCAUGCUGCCCCAAACGAAAGCCUCGUUGCUGCCCCAAGCGUAGCUAAAUGCAACCAAUUUGGCAGCGGGAUUUGGGAUCUGCCAAUGCCUCGGCUCUGUAGGCAUGUAUCUAUAUAUGUAUUGUGCACAUGUGCUUGGAGCAAAUAAUGGGAAUUGGCAUUUUAAUUUUGUGAUGUGUGUGAAUUAUAACAAGUGGUAAA